AUGGCGAAUACACCCAUUUUUGGCGCUCCUGAUGACUGGUCCAUGUUGAUGUCUAGUCAUGACAUUGCCCACCAGACGUUGCCAAUUAAUGAUUAUCGCGCUCUCUAUGGCAGUUUUGAACAGCAAGACAUGAUUUGUUCGUAUCUUGUUACCAACCACGACACCCAUGUCAAUAAUGCGCAUGUUGCCUCUUUUGGACAUGAGUCUUGGCCCAACACCGAUUUCAUGGCCGAGGCUUCCCUGUCCUACAGUUGCCAGGCUGACCAUGCAGAGACCAGUCUUUCUCAUUCCUUUGGCGACAGCGGUAUCACCUGCGCUCACUACGGUCCUCCCAUGGACAAUAACCCCAACUACCCAAUUUCCAUUUCCUUGACCCCAGCGGACGACGUGACGGACGUUAAGCACCACGACAUUGCUCAGCCAGGGUACCAGUUCGCUCACAACUCGACUGCGAAGCUGGGUCUGGAGUACUUUGAUUUGCCCCCCAUGGUAUCUGUGGCGGCCUGCCACAGUUACAAUUCCGACGAGCACAAUUUCUUUUCCUCCAAUGCCGCCAUGGAUUGGAAGCACAUCCGAUCCCAGCAUGUCAGACCACUUUUCUGCAUCUUCCACUAUGCCGGCUGUAUGCUUCGCUUCGCGUCGAAAAAUGAGUGGAAGCGCCACAUUCUUUACCAACAUCUCAAUCUUCAGUACUGGGUCUGCACUGAAGGCACCUGUGGGCGAAAGGAGCGCUCACAAACCGAAACGUGUGCUCUUCCCAUGCCAACUCGCGGCUCCAUCUUUAAUCGGAAGGAUCUGUACACGCAGCAUAUCCGUCGCAUGCAUCUCGUGCAUGGCGAAGCCGAUACCAAAGCUCGCAUGCGUCAGCUGCAGGUCAAGGCUGCACGCACGCGCUGCACUCUGCCAGACUUUAUGCUCUGCCCUGUGCCCGAAUGCCCGUCCAAGUUCGUCGACUCCAACGCCUGGGACAAUUGGAUGGAGCAUGUCGCUGCUCAUAUGCAGCGCGGCGCUGCUGGUGAACAUGUCCUUGUUGGGUUUGGCGGUCCUGAGAAUUGGACCUUGACCAACUGGGCUGCAAGCGAGGCCGUCGCCAUCACCCGCCAGACCUCGGCUGGUACUUGGACGCUGCGUAGGCCAAUCCACGGAAGGGGAGCCUGCAAAAUGGACGUCUGA